GGGACCGGGACGGGGGCGAGGAGAGGCGGCGGCCCUUGCGAGGAGUUAUGGAUGGUGGUGCAUUCAGUUCUGGCCAGAUCCGCUCCCGGAGGAAGCAGCUAAGCGGCGGCCGCCACCUCCAGCUGUCUCCCUGCCUCGCACCGGGUCUCACCCUUCCAGCAUGUUCCUUCUGAUAAGCCCAUUCCCAGCGCCGCGAGUUCCAGUACAAUGUGGAAAUGGGAACUGACACAUGGUGCCUCCGCCUCGCCCCACCUGCCCGGCUGCUGCUGCUGCUGCUUCCUGCUGCUCUUCUUGGUGUCUUCCGUCCCCGCCACCUGCCAAGCCCUUGGGCAGGACAUGGUGCCACCAGAGGCCACCAACUCGUCUUCUUCAUCCUCCUCCUUCUCCUCCUCUUCCUCCUCCUCCUCCUCCUCGUCCUCCUCCUUCUCCUCUCCUCCCAGUGCGGGGAGGCAUGUGCGGAGCUACAACCACCUCCAAGGCGAUGUCCGCUGGAGAAAGCUCUUCUCCUUCACCAAGUACUUUCUCAAGAUCGAGAAGAACGGGAAGGUCAGCGGGACCAAGAAGGAGAACUGCCCCUACAGUAUCCUGAAGAUAACUUCAGUUGAAAUCGGAGUUGUUGCAGUCAAAGCCAUUAACAGCAACUAUUAUUUAGCCAUGAACAAGAGGGGGAAACUCUAUGGCUCAAAAGAAUUCAACAAUGACUGUAAGCUGAAGGAGAGGAUAGAGGAAAAUGGAUACAACACCUAUGCAUCCUUCAACUGGCAGCACAAUGGGAGACAGAUGUACGUGGCCUUGAAUGGAAAAGGAGCUCCCAGGAGAGGACAGAAAACUCGAAGGAAAAACACCUCCGCUCAUUUCCUCCCAAUGGUGGUGCACUCAUAGGAGCAGCCAGGGCUUGUGGGUGCAGUGGAACCAAAGGCUCUUUGGCCAGGAAGAGUGGGUAUUCUUCAUGAACACAGUAGCUCAAAAGGCAAAGACGCAUGGCAGGCGUCUGCUUGCUUGAAAGAAAGGAAGUCUUUAAAGGCUUUUGUACACACUGCUGAUGUAUGAUGUUCCUUUCAUUAGUUCUGUGUCAUGCCUUAUAAUCCAGAUAGAGGCGGAUCAAAUGGAAUAGAAGUUACUCCGAAACGAACAACAUUGUGGCUGGGUUUCUUGGUUAAGUUUUUGUUUAUGUUUGUUUUUGUUUGUUUUUUUUUUAACCUCUGAGAUAGAACUUAAAGGACAUGGAACAAUCUGUUGAAUGAUCUUCAGAAAAGUUAUUUAUGGAAUAUGAACUCAUGUCAAAGACUUUCGUGGCUCAUUCCAGCCGAGUGAUUCAAUGAGCAGUAAGACACGCAAGCAUUUACUGGAAAGCACUUGGGUCAUGUUCUGUGCACAACCAAAGGAGCUUUGGGCGUGGCAUCGUGGAGCAUUGGAUAGGAUUAAAAGAUGUACACAUGUUAGUGUAAAACUGUUCUAACCAAGCAAAUAGUAUGGUAUGCUUGUGCAUUCUGCCUUCAUCCCUUUCUAUUUCCUUCUAAGUUAUUUAUUUAAUAGGAUGUUAAAUAUCUUUCGGGGUUUUAAAGAGUGUCCUCAGCAGCUGCCCUCUGACUGGCCUUUGCUUUUUCUUCAGCACACCACAGGCACGUUCACGACAAAGUGAUUUCAGAACUUGGCAAACACUUCAAGAGUAGGAGAUGACAUUGUGAGUGCCCGGGGGCGAUCCGUUGACUUAGUCUGCACUUCUGCAAUGAGAACUGUCAACCUCCCACACGACAGUGCUGGGGGCAUGGCUUGAGUGACAGAUGUCUGCCAUCAUUUAAAAACAUGUAUCACUGCUAAGGCUUUCUUUCCUAAGAAACAGACCAGAAGGCUAAAUGUUUCCCUUCCAAUACAUCCAUGGGUCUCCAGGAAUAUAUAAAAGCAGGAAAAUUGGUUGUUAAAUACACCUUAGUAGCCUAGCCUCAUUUUUUACUAACGAUUGUCUGCCACCUGUAGCAGUGGUAGGUGACGACGAGGCUGUCUUCGUAUGUAAGUACCCUUUAUAAGUCCCCCUUGUGCAUCUCCCUCAAAGGCACUCUCGAGGAAUUUGGUACGAAGUGCAACUCUCCCAGGGCCUUAAUCUGAGCAAAGAUAUCCUGGUAUAUGUGUAACCAUAUGCUGAACAACCUGUUCAAGCUGUAUGAUCUAGUCUCUACAAAACCAAAUAAAACAUCUUUUCUGUAAAUUCAAAGAGCUUUGGAAGGUUCCAUAAUGUAACCAUAUCGAAAUUCAUUCUGUUAGAGCAGGUAUAGAAAACAGGACGUAAGAGUGUACCGGUCAACACACAUUGUACUCCACUAAAUAAAUACUUAAGCCUUAUUUGCAGUGUCUGUAGUGAUUUUAAAAAUGUAGAAAAAGACUAUUUGUUCUAACUAUUUCAAGUGAUAUAUAUAUAUGAGUAUAUUGAUGCUGCAAUUUUACCUUCAUACUUCUUGUUUUAAAAAGGCCUGUUUAUUGUUUGGACAUGGUAUUUUGGUACAAGAAAAAGACUCACUAAAUGUGUCUCUUUACUAAAGUUUAACUUCUAGAAAGGCUGGUGUUUUGUGACUUUUUCUUAUACCUUAAUUGUGUCAAUGUUUAACCAGCACUUCCAGUUAAUCUGUUAUUUAACAAUUAGCUUUAUUAAGAAACUUUCCCAUAAAGUAAUCCUAUAAAAGAUCUCAUUUUUUCUCAUUUUUUUAAAAAAAGUUGGUAUUUCAAAAGAAAUGCAUUUGAGACAGUGAAUAGGCUUAUGGCUAACAUUGCCUUUCGUGGUACCUGCCUUCCAACUUGCUUUUUAACAAAUGAGAUACUAAAAAAAUGUUUAAUCUUUGUGGUUGGAAUCUAUAUGUUAACAUUUAAUUGGUAACUGAGUCUGCAAGCUGUAGUGUAAUGCAUUCCUAUCAGAACUAGAUUAUCUUGGUUCUUUUAUUUUAAAAUAAUAAUUGCACCUGACAUAUGAAGAUGGACCACCCACAACCCAAAUUAAACGUUUGAUGAGACAAAUACAGUAUUAGAUGACCACGGUAAGAGCAAAUAGGGCACAAACCGGAUUCGUGUUUCACACAGCCGUUUAGAUUACCAAGGAGACCGUGUAAGCAGUCAUCAUUAUAGUACUCAAAACACUAAAACAGCUUCCAGCAAAAUGUAUCAAAGCUGGCAGAAGCCA